AUGCAAACAGAGGCGCAACGAUGGGCUCCUAUGGUGGAACAAGUGGUCCCUUGGGCAGUCAGUUCUAGCUCUGAAUGCAGCUCAGUUUGCGCUUCGAAAAAGUUCCAGGCAUUCAUUGUGGAUGGGACCACAUGUUACUUAGCUAAAGUGUCCAAUAACUUGAGCGUUUUGCCAAAUCAAGGCUAUCCCAUCGGGGUUUAUCUCUGGGACGAUUUUCUAUUAUCUUGGAGGCAAAACUUUAAGGAGAUCCCAUUCAACUCAAGAGAUGAUCACUGGAAGCAAAUGACCUUGGCCCAAAACUCCAGUCUUUGGUUAGAAGUUUUUUGCGCUGAGGAGUGCGAAAAGACCGCUAGUUGUCAUUUCAUGGUGCUUGAAGAGGAAACUUGCUAUCAUGGCCAAUUACCAACAAGUGUAUUUCAAGUGGACAAUCUUAAUGGAAGCCUGAAAGCUGUCACAGCUUGGGUGAAAGAUGAUGAGCUAUUUUCCCAUACCUCUAAUGAGUUCAUCACCCAAGACUCCAUGAAUGCCACUCAAGUUGGGCUGGCCAUUAACCAAGUGAUUCAAACCCCUGUGGAUCUUAGUUUGAACCAAUGCAUGGGUCGUUGCGUAUUCGAACGCCUUUUCAAGUGCCAUUUUGUGGUAUUUAAGAGCGGAACGUGCUUCUUGGGGGAGGCCAAAACCAGUCACUCUAUUCAGCAUGGAUUCAUUGACGAUGAAGUUGCAAUCCACAUUUACAAACAUGAGACCCUGGACUUCCAAAGGUAUCAAAAGACUCAAGCUCAUUCCUCAACAUGGUCCAAACACGUCUACAUCAUGGAGCAUAAUGUAACCACUACUCAAAUAUGCGCCUUAAUGUGCCAUUUACGGGAUGGCGAUCCUUGGAAUUGCCAGUUCUUUUCCCUUUUGAACUCAACUUGCCAUUUGGGAAAUUGGGAGGUUGUUAACGGGCCAUCUCCAUCAAUUCCCGGUCAAACAGUGGUUUAUUCACUUGAACCUCCCAAUGUUACCUUAGAAGUGGUUAAAUCUCCUGGAGACUGGGGCAGGCACAUUUUUGAAGUCCGGGAGGAGACUCCAUUCAUUGUGAAUUGCAUGCAGCUGUGCCAAUUCUCUGCUAGAGGCUGCAGCUUAUUCAGCUUGGACGACCAGAAGUGCUAUUUGGGCGAUUGGCAUGUGAAUACAACAAACAUUUUGAGCUCUCCGCCGUCAUCGGUGGUCUACCAAAUUUCAGAACUUGUUGGAAUUAUGCACCAUGGAACUAUUGUUUUUAACAACGAGUUUUAUCAGGGAGCUGAUGUGGUUCUGUCAGAUGCAACCUUUUGUCAACACUCAGGAUUGCCACAAACAUUUCCCAGAAUCCCCGGGCGACAAACUGUGACAGCCUACAGCCAUCCCAUUUUACUCAGUUGUGGGGGCUAUGACGAUAUCGGAAUUUAUGAUUCUUAUUUUAAACUGGAUAUCACUGCCCAGCAAAAGUCUUGGGUUCAAGCUGGAACAUUACCUCAAUUGAUGACUGGCUUUGCCAUGCCCACUUCGAAUAAUGAUGACAUCUAUCUCUUCGGUGGAUCCCUUUUUGAUAGUACAACCACGUCAGGCGUUAAUGAAAAAAUCUACAAAUACAACAUAGAAAUGGGCCUUUGGGAUGAGCUUUCAGUACCACAAUCUACUUGGGUGUCUCGAAUCGCAAUCGGUGUAUUGCGAGAUGACAAUGAGAUAUUCUUGAUGGGAGGGCAUUUAUCUAAUGUGGGUGAUUUCACAACAAUAGACGUAUUCGAUACGGAAACCAACACUUUCAUCGGACAAUACAACACGCAUAGAUGGUUGAUUCACGGGUUUUCUGCCUUGGUUACACUUGCUAACGGCAACCGAGGAAUUAUCUACGUUGGCGGCAAUGUCGGGGUUGUGAAGUAUUUCGACCUAGUCAUACAAGAUCUUGCAACGCUCCCUUCAUCGGGAAUGCCGGGAUCACCCUGGGGAGGUACGGGAUUCAACUCCAUCAUGGCUUUCAAGAACGGACGCCAUUUCUUCACACCUGGAAGGGUCGAAAACUUCUCGGCACUGAACUUUUUCGCUGAGUACGACCCCAAAACGGACACAUUCACCACCUCUGAGGAUCGCCUUCUAAGACCCACUGUCAGGGUAAAUAUUAGCUUAGAAAUUUGUGCCGACAAGCUGAUACCGUCUUCAGGACGUUUUUAA